GCUAAACACCUUCAACAAUGGCGAUCCAAACACACAACUUGUUCUUCAAUCAAUCCCCCUUUAUAAAUAAUACCCAAUUCACCCCAAUUCCCAUCUCAUCAUUCACCAAAUUCACACUCAAUUCAUCUCGAAUUCGACCAACAUUCAUUCAAUCUUCCAAACAGGACACAGGAUCAGUGUUGGAUCAUAUCGAAAAAACGAAUAAAACCCAUAAAGAAGAUAAAGAUAAAGAUCAAGUGUCAAUGACAAUUGGGCCAGUGGUUCAGGUUUCAGGGAGGAGUUUGGUAGUUAAGGACCGGAUAAUCUUGUCGGGUGUGUCCGAAAAUGUUGUAACUUCAUCCGGUUGUGAGUCGGGUCAAACCGAAGGGGGGUUUAUCGGGGCGGUUUUUGAAGAGGAAGGUAGUCGGCAUGUGGCGUCGCUUGGGCGGCUUAACGGUGUCCGGUUUAUGGCGUGUUUUCGGUUUAAGUUAUGGUGGAUGGCCCAGAAAAUGGGAGAUAAAGGAAGUGAAGUUCCUAAUGAGACUCAGUUUUUGUUGAUGGAGACAGUUGAGGAGAGAGAGAAAAUGUACGUUGUUUUUUUGCCGUUAGUUGAAGGGUCGUUUCGAGCUUGUCUCCAGGGUAGUUGUUCUGGAGACGAGCUCGAAGUUUGUGUCGAGAGUGGGGAUGUGGAUAGUAAAGGGUCUAUUUUUUCACACACGGUUUACGUGGGUGUGGGGACAGACCCUUUUAGCACGGUUACAGAUGCAAUUAAUAAAGUUAAAUUGCAUCUGAAAUCGUUUAAGCAGCGUCAGGAUAAAAAGCUUCCCGGGAUUGUUGAUUGUUUCGGGUGGUGCACUUGGGACGCGUUUUACCAAGACGUGACUCAAGAAGGGGUUGAGUCCGGGUUAAAAAGUUUAGCCGACGGUGGGACCCCCGCAAAGUUUGUGAUCAUUGACGACGGGUGGCAGUCCGUUGGAUCGGACGAUAAGAAGACCGAGGAAUCGGAAGAAUCGAAAGAAUCACAACCGUUGAUGAGGCUAACGGGGAUUAAAGAAAACGAGAAGUUCCAAAGUGAGGUUGACCCUUCACUGGGGAUCAAGAACAUAGUAAAUAUCGCGAAAAACACAUACGGGUUGAAAUACGUGUACGUAUGGCAUGCGAUCGUAGGGUAUUGGGGUGGGGUCCGGCCCGAGGCGGAGGGUAUGGAGGAAUACGGGUCGUCGAUGAAGUAUCCAAAGGCGUCAAAAGGGGUUAUAGCAAAUGACCCCGUGUGGAAAACCGAUAUGUUGGCGGUACAAGGUUUGGGACUAAUGGACCCGAAAAAAGUGUUCAAGUUUUACGACAAUUUACAUCGGUACCUGGCUGCAGCCGGUGUUGACGGGGUCAAGGUCGAUGUUCAAUGCAUAUUGGAGACACUCGGGUCUGGUUUAGGCGGUCGGGUAGCACUAACCCAACAAUACCAUCAGGCGCUUGACGCAUCUAUUGCUCGAAAUUUUCCCGAUAACGGGUGCAUCGCAUGUAUGAGCCACAAUACCGAUGCCCUUUAUUGCUCUCAACAAACGGCAGUGGUUCGCGCUUCUGAUGAUUUCUACCCGCGUGAUCCCGUAUCACACACGAUCCAUAUCGCAUCCGUAGCUUUCAACAGUGUGUUUCUCGGAGAAUUUAUGCAGCCCGAUUGGGAUAUGUUCCAUUCGCUUCAUCCUGCAGCCGAAUACCACGCAUCCGCCAGGGCGAUCAGCGGUGGUCCUAUAUACGUAAGUGAUGCUCCAGGGAAACACAACUUUGAUCUUUUGAAGAAGCUUGUGCUGCCUGAUGGUUCGGUGCUUCGAGCCCGUUUACCAGGUCGACCUACUAACGAUUGCCUAUUUUCCGACCCGACCCGUGAUGGUGUUAGCUUGUUGAAAAUAUGGAACAUGAACAAGUAUACCGGAGUUAUCGGUGUUUACAACUGUCAAGGAGCCGCUUGGAACACAAACGAACGAAAAAACACUUUCCACGAAACCCAUCCCGGUGCUAUAACCGGAGCCAUCAGGGCCCACGACGUGCACCUCAUUGCUGAUGCCGCAGUGGGCCCUGAUUGGUCCGGGGAUUGUGUGAUGUACCGUCACCAUACACAAGAUGUUAUCGUUUUACCUCGCGAUGCGAGUAUUCCACUUUCGUUACAUGUUCUUGAACAUGAAGUUUUUACGGUCACGCCUAUUAAGGUUUUGGGGUCGGGGUUGAGUUUUGGCCCGUUAGGGCUUAUUGACAUGUUUAACUCUGGUGGAGCCGUUGAUGGGCUAGAGUACUCGGUCGAAGGGGGUUUGGUGGUUGUGUCUAUGAUGGUUAAGGGAUGUGGACGGUUUGGGGCGUACUCCAAGACUAAACCCAAACGGUGCGUGGUCGGACCGAGCGAGGUUGAGUUCGCAUAUGAUUCGGAUUCUGGGCUGGUGGUUGUGGGCUUGAGUCAUAUGCCUGGGGAUCACAAGUGUCAUCAUAUCAAGAUUCAUUUAUGAACACUAUUUAGAAUGAUAUAGAAGAUUGAAGUGUUAUAGUUAUUUUUAAUGGUAUUGAGUGAUUAUAGUUAACUUCUUGGUUUUAAAAA